UUUUUGUGAGGGACUUCAGGCUCUGGCUCCAGUCUAGCACACGUGUGAUGGCCGCAGCGGCUCAGGAGUCCACUCUGCUCGGUCUGUGUGAUGGAGAAGUGGACUCUAGAAGACACCAGUCCUCCUAUCAGACUAACAAAGUCGGGGGUUCGCCGGACUGGUUGCCGGUCAUCUCCCGGCAGUUUCCCCGCUGUGGUCAGUGCGGUGCUGCGUUAGCCCUUGUGGUGCAGGUGUACUGCCCGCUGGAGGACUCCCCUUACCACAGAAACCUCCACCUGUUGGCGUGCACAGCUGCUGAAUGCAGCGGCCGCUCCGACUGCUGGGUGGUGCUCCGCUCCCAGGCUCUGGAGAAGGAGGUGGCGGCGGUGCAGACUCCCAGCCGGCCUGCUGUGGCUCAGGAGGCCGCUCUGUCGGCCACGGAUUGGUGUGACACCGCCGAUGACUGGGGGCUGGAGGGGGAGGAAGGUGACGAUGGUUGGGGGGGAGGUGGGCAGAAGGAUAUCCAGGUUCAGGAGGAGGCAGCAGUUCCUGAGACAGGAGUAGGUGCAGCCAGUGAGAUGGACGUCAGCAGUGGACUUCAGGGCCUCAGUCUGAGGGAAUCGUCGGAGGACGUUGCUGUCUUCCGUCCCUUCUUCAUCAGUGUGGUGGACGAGUCAGAUCUUUGUGGGGAGGAAGACGGCCUGGAGCACGCUCAGCAGCUACUGAGAGAGUACGAGAGGAGAGAGGGAGUGGCGGUAGGAGAGCUGGAGGAGAGUGGGCUCAGCCGGGAGGAGAAGUAUGAGAAGACCAGAGCCAGACAUGGAGACGCCGUCUUCUCCAGGUUUAUGAAGAAAAUCUCACUGUGUCCACAGCAGAUCAUGUGCUAUUGCCGUGGCGGGAAACCGCUUUUCAUCUCUGAGCCGCCAUCCAACAUGGCUCAGCUGGUUUCAGCAUGCAGCUCCUGUGGAGGACCCAGGACCUUUGAGCUGCAGCUGAUGCCUGCACUGGUGAGCCUGUUGCAGAGAAAGGACAGCAGUGUAGAGGCAGAGCUGGAGUUUGGGACGGUGCUGGUUUACACCUGCACAAACAGCUGCUGGACGCCCGGAUCAGACACACCCGUGAAGGAGUUCUGCUUUGUUCAAACAGACCCAGAUCAGCAGCUCUUUAAAUGAUUGAACAGGUUGCUAAGUCUGAUCCUCACACCAAAACAUCCCAGUUAAAGAGGACAUGCACUAUCAUUCAAAAGUUUGAGGUCACUUAGAAAUGUCCUUAUUUUUGAAAGAAAAGCAGUUUUUUCAAUGAAGAUAACAUUAAAUGAAUCAGAGAUACAGUCUA